CUGAAACUGUCAUGGCGGACAAGGGCGAAAACGUGACUCCUUCAGGGGAUGAAAACAAUGCUAAAGAGACCGAAAAUAAACAAUCGUCAUCUGAAACAAAACCCGACGAAGACAGUGAACUAAAUGAUCUCCUAGACAGUGCCUUGGAAGACUUUGACAAGCCCAGGACAGACCAGCCAGGUGUCGGGCAGGUGUUGGACGGCAGUGAUGUCGACACCUCAGGACCAGCACCUGUAGCAGGGGCAGCAGCCAUGCCCAGCCCAGCUGACAUAGCCAGCAUGUUUGGUGGAGUACAAGGCCCAGAUGACCCCAUCUCGGAGGAGGUCGCAGACGAGAUGGCCAGCCAGUUUGAGGAGGCGAUGAAGGCAUUCAUGUCCCAGGACCCCAAUAUGAUGCAGCAGAUUGAGAAGCUGGCCGAUGCCGCAGGCAGUGCAGGGGAUUCUGUGGAGGCCCAGCAGGAGUUUGCCAAGACCCUCGGACAGACGCUGACGGGGAUGGCUGAGAACGCAGAGACUCUGCAGCAACAAAUGUCGGAGGAGGAGCUGUCCCAGGCCUUCACCAACAUGGGCGUAGGAGGCGGCGGCGGCGGCGGAGGGGCGGGGCCGAGCGGGGACAUGUUUCCCAUGAUGCACGGCAUGAUGAAGAUGCUGCUGUCCAAGGAUGUCCUGUACCCAUCACUCAAAGAGAUAGCAGAGAAGUACCCCAAGUGGCUGGAGGAGCACAAGGACACAGAGUCGGCCUCGUCGCUGGACACGUACCGCCGCCAGCACCAGCUCAUCUCCAGCAUCUGUGUGGAGUUUGAGGCGGAGACCCCGACCGAUACGGAGGAGACAAAGUCCCAGCGCUUCGAAAAACUCAUGGAACUCAUGCAGCAGAUGCAAGAGCUAGGGCAGCCCCCGAAGGAAAUAGUCGGAGAGAUGGCCCCAGGUUUAGAAUUUGAUGACAAUGGCAUCCCCAAGUUGCCGGGGAUGACAGAACAAUGUGUCGUCAUGUGAACAAGAGAGAGCAUUCACCCAUCCGUCUUUCCCCUGUCAAAGGGAGAUAAGUUGAGAUGCAGUCUUAGAGUUCUGUCCCUUGGAUCCAGCCCCUCCUAGGACAGAUGUGUUGUGACUGCUGAUGACUGACUGACUGUGUGUAUAUAUUUCAUGGCUGCAUGAGUGUUUCUUAGACGUGUGGUAUGUGUCAAAGUGUGUUGCUUCUGCAGAAGAAUGGACUGCUGGAUUAAAUGGAAGAAAUCGCACACUGAUUGGAGCUUGGUGGUUGAUUGGUCCAAAAAUAUUUUGUUUCUUUAAGCUUCAUUUUGUAACAUGG